GUUUGCAGCCCGCGCUCAAUUCACUGAGCCACACCCACCAGGCCACCAAUGAAACUUUUCUAUUUGGAGAAAAAUGUGGCCCAGUCACAGCCCACUCUGUGGGAUCUAGGUCAGAAACCCAGGCAGCCACCACCAGGACCUCCUCACCACUCCUGGGGACCCUCAGCAAGGAGGCGGUGCUUGCUGUGAGGGGGGCGUGGUGCGGAGAACAAUGGUCGUCAGGGAGGUGUCAUCUGCACCAGGGCCAGCGUCCUCUCGCCUCAGAGGAUGCACUUUCUGGCCCAUCUCAGCACUGCGCCCUGCCACCCCAGUUUUCUUCUCGACUUUGGAGACAGUCCUGAACACUCAAUGUGUGGGACUCAGUUCCUGUGUACCCAGAGGAGAACAACCUCAGCUGGAACUACAGCUCCAGUCAUGCUAUGUGGGAGCACAGCUGUCUGAGUGCGCCCCCGGGCCGCGGACCGAGCAGCAGCUGCGAGCGUUCCCGGCCGGCACCAUGAGAGAGUCCCUGUGGGUGCCUGCUGUCACGGCGGUGGCGGUGCUCUCGGUCUUCCUCUUUGUCACAGAAAACCCCUUCGACCCCACGAGCUUCCUCUCCGUGGAGGAAAAGAAGCUGGUAGCUUGGCAGAGAGCCCGGAUGCAGCUUGACCCUGGUAGAACACACCACCUGGAAACCUUCAAGGACAUGCAGAAAAACUCAGAACCACUCAGAAACGUGAACUCCCGAAUCUUGAUUGGAGCCCCUCCCGGCAAAAAGAAACUGCUGGCCAUAGGCAUCUGUGCAGCGCCCCCUCCCCAGGGGAGCAGCCUCGUGGGCACCCUGCGGUCCCUCUUCUCUGCCUCCUCCUCGUCGGAGCGGAAGCACUUCACUGUCCUGCUGCACGUGGUGGACCCCGACCCCAAGGGCUCCGGGUGGCUCGCUCAGAUGACCCGCAACCUCUCUGCCCUGUUUAAGCCCCACGUCCAGGCCAGAGAACUUGUGGUGAUCACCACUCCACUUGCAAGCAGCCUGCCCUUGAAGGACCUGAAGGAGACCGUUGGUGACCCUCCUGCCCACGUGGCCCUCCGCUCCGGGCAGAACAGGGGCUACGCCUCCCUCAUGAACUUCGCCACCCAGCUCUCUGACUACUUCCUGAUGGUCGAAGAUGACGUGCACUGUGCCCCCGGGUUUGUGACCCAGAUAGCCACCGCGGCGUCUGCCUGGGCGCACCGGCCGUGGGCGACUCUGGAGUUCUCCCGGCUGGGCCUCACCGGGAAGCUCUUCCGCACGGGAGACCUGCCCCGAGUCGCCCGCUUCCUCCUCCUCUUCCACCGGGAGAUGCCCUGUGCCCGGCUCCUCGCCCACUUGCGGGACCUCGAGCGGAGCACGCUGGUCCGGUUCCUGCCCCCGCUCUUCCAGCGCUCGGGCGGCUCCUCGCGCUUUGAGGAGGAGGACGUCGGCUCGCCCAGCAACCCAGCCGCCUCCGUCCACACCAGCCUGGAGGCCGCCAACAGCUCUGUGCCCUCAAGCGCCUACAGCCUGGACGAGAGCUGCUUCUACGCCAGGUCGGCGGAGGCCGGCAGCCACCUGACUGUGGUUCUGGACACGCCCGCCCAGGUGUCCCGAGUGCAGGUGCAGACGGGCUCCGGCCCGAGAGGGGAGAACCGGCUGAAGGAGGGGCACGUGGAACUGGGCUAUGACUCCAGCAACAGGGUCAGCGACUGUGACGACUACGUCCUGCUGGGGCCCCUGGUGGACGGCAGCCUGGACAGGCGGGUGCUGUCGCACAGGGCCGGGAGGAGGGUGAAGUGUGUGCGUGUGCUUGUGACAGCCCGCACGCCCUCCGCCGUCGUGCUCAGGCACAUUCGCCUGUGGGCCGGGUGAAGGGUGCGUCUCAGCUGGAGGGGCCACCGGGAGUUCUGGGGCGGGUCAGGUUGGAGGGUAGAGUCUGCAGAGCUCAAGACCCAGAACACGACCGUGUCGAAACCCGUGGGGUGCCUUUUGCUGUCGGGCCCUCCCGGGGCUGCUGGUCCAGAAGACGUGGCACCUUGAAAGGAGAGAGAAGGUGACGAGCUCUGGGCCCCAGAGGCACAGGUGGACAAGGUGGGCUCACUCAACCCUCCCUGGGUCCCUCUGCCGAAGGCCCACCAUUCAGAAUCCUUGCUCGGGGCAGGAGCAGUGGGUGGGGCUGGCCAGCGCUCAUGCCCUGAGACUCCAGCCGGACACGAGAGAGGGGGGGGCAGCUGUUUCCCCACCAGCACCAAACAGACUCCCAAACGUCCAGUGUGGUGGCAGGAGACAAGCCUGUGUCCCCGGAGUCUGCUCUGCACCGAAGGCAGCCGUCCCAUGACACUGACGCCUUAAUGUGGGCGGGCAGAGUGCUCUGGUCCAUGACCACCCGGCAUGCCAGGUGCUCGUUCCUGAAUAGCCUCAGAAUCACUGAAAAUCGCUCGCUCUGCUUCUGGUACCUUCUGUGUCCAGUCUCAUCUCUGGGACUAUAAGGCAACAUGGAUGUUUCUGAUGGGAAAAACUUCGGAUACUUUACUAACUUAUUUUUAGCUCCGUGUGGCUAUGAGAUUCCCAGAAAACGUCUGAGCCCUGAGCUCAGCUAAUGUGCAGGGUCUGGUUUUCGCCAGCUGGAGAACUGCGGCCCGUGGUGGCAGGGAGGGAAGCAAGCGGAGGAGAGCUUUGAGGCGGACGUCUGGGAAGAGCUCCAGGGCAAAGCCAGGCACUGCGUCCACACCAGCUGUCAUCAGAGCGGACACAGGGCUGGAGUGUCUGGAAACAGGGCGGCUGGAGAGAGACGGGGGGCGGGGGGGCACGGAUACCCAGUAAGGGUGGCAGGGAGCAGCUCUGGGCGCCCCCGGCUGGAGGCCACCCGGUGAGUCACAAGCCCUGGCCUGGUCCCUGAACCAGAGCCAGUUUUAACGUCCACACGCGCCGAUGGGAGAGGCGGGCAGGUCCCCGGAAGGAAAGACCCUGGGACACACGGGCCCUGCGAGAUCCCCAGACGCCCUCCUCAAGAGGCACCUGCACCUGCACAACAGGGAGAGGGAGGCGCCCGGACAUGCAGGGAGUUUGGUCUCCGUUUAGGGACGGAGGCUUGGGCCACGCCACCAGGGAAGCCACCCAGCGCUCUGCCAGGACGGCUGAGGUUUGCAAGGGUGGUCCUAUUCCAAGGCCACUGGGGCUGUCCCCGCCAGCCUAUCUGAAGCUUUCCUGAGGCUGCGCUGACGUGUCUGGUGCCGUCUGCACAGCCCCUCCCUCCGACGCUCCCACGGUUCAAGCCCGCAGGUCAGCCUCAGAGGCUGUGUUGCACCACCCACCCACUCCCACAGUUCCCUGCACGCGGGUCUGGUCUUGGUGUGGGAUUCAGAGUGGACUCAGCCGGACCAGCUGCCGCACCUUCCACAAACCAGGAGAAGGCACGCCCUCCUACAGUGGGUGGCUCCCCACAGUGACGAGCCUGGGCCAAGGCUUCCAGUGCUGGGUUCAGUUCCCACCAACCCCCUGGGCGAGACGCAGCCCCACAUGCACAGAGGUGCGGCUCACGGGUGGGGUGGGUUUCCUUUUUAAUUUUUUAAAUUGAUCUGAGAGAGAGGAAGGGAGGGAAGCAACGACCUGUUGUUCCACCACCGAUUCAUUCGUUGGUUGCCUCUUGUACCGGGUGUCGACCCCACAACCUUGGUGUAUCAGGACGAUAUUGUAACCAACUGAGCCACCCAAGCAAGGCUGGGGUAGAUUCCUGAUAAAAAGCUGGGCCACUCCACCAACUCCAUUUUAAACAAAAGAAGCAGAUCCCAGUGGUUUAGAGAGGGUUAGGCUCCAUUUCCCCAGGGGUGGCCCCCUGCUCUUCCGCCUGGUGCAGCUGGGACCCAGCCCUGCUGCAGGCGUGCCAACGGCACAGGUGAAGAGUGAGCCGAACAGCAGGCUCCGGCCCACAUGGGGCACAGUGCAGCUCCCUAAAAAUGAGAAUUGUGGAUUUACAGGACAGAUCAGGCAUUUGCUGUCAAGGCUGCCUGGCCCUGGGGGCCGGGGCCCAGGGCCCAGGCCAGGCCUCACUCCAGCAGGAGGGUGGUGAGCUUAGCUCUGCUGAGAUGGCCACUCCUCCUGGCCCAGCGGCGGCAACGUUUCCAAGGAUGCGAUGGCAGGCUGGUCAGAAGCUGGGUCUGCUUCCGAUCCAAGGGCUCGUCUGGGAGGGAGGCCAGGCAGUCAAGAUUGGGUGAGGUGGGAAGAGAGUGUAAAAGAUGAUAAUCAUACAAAACACACUAACCAAAAAUGAAUAAAAGUAAAAUAAUUUUAUAUCUAGGAAAUCCACAAACAUUUGGAAAUUAAGCAGCAUUUCCAUGUAGCUCAUAGGUCAAAGAAGAAAUCACAGUAGAAAUUAGAAAUUAUUGUGAGCUUCCUAAUGAUACUUAUUUACCCUAUAAUUGGACAUCCUGUAAACGUGGACGGCUCCCUUCAAAUAAGGGGAGGGACCCUUCAGUACCGCCCCUCACCAAUUUGAUUCAGACCAACAGGUAGCCGUUGGCGUCUGGGCUGGAGAUAAGACAGGAAAGUGGGCUUUCUCACACCUGUUCCCACUGUCCCCGAGACAGGUAGGUGCCUGUGCGAGACGGGGCGCUGAGUGGCCCCUUUCAGGGUGAACAAUGGUUGUCAGGCAGGGUCUCCCGGGAGGUGACUCCACCUCGGAGGAGCCCCUCUGGGCCCCACCCUACAGCCCUGGAGUUCUUCUCAUGGAUCUCAGAAAGAUCCUGCUCUCUGAAGAUUUAUGAAGCCACGUUUUCUGUCAG